AGUGGGAGCUGCUGCUCAACCGGCCGGCCCCAAGACCCCAAGAGAUAACUUGCACAGUGCGCCGGCGCAUUGGGAACCGGCCCGGAGGAAAGGCCAUUCAUGGCAGGGGGUGGAGAGGCGGCGCAGUACGCAGGCGCAUUGGGAGCUUCCAAAGGCCAAGGCCUCGAAGUAGGGGGUUCCCGAAAGAGACGCAGGAAAGCAGAGCGGCGCGCGCAGGCGCAUCGGGAACCCCCGCGGGGCAGGAGCAGUGAGGCCGGUGGCACAGUCAUGCCGGGGCCACACGUGUCCCGCGUCCGGGCCCUGUACCGGCGGCUCCUGGUGCUGCACCGCGCGCUGCCGCCCGACCUGCGCGCCCUCGGCGAUCAGUAUGUGAAGGACGAGUUCCGGCGGCACAAAGACGUUGGCCGCGAGGAGGCGCUGCGCUUCCUGAGCGAGUGGGAGAGGUAUGCAGUGGCGCUGUGGCGACAGACAAACACGGUGGAGAAGAUGCAGCUGGGAGCCUGCCUCACAAAAGAGCAGCUGGAUGACUUCAGUGAGGAGCAGAUCGGCCAGCUGCAGGAGCUGAUGCAGGAAGCCACCAAACCCAGCCUGCAGUUCAGUGUCAGGGACCCAGCCACACCCAAGGCCUAGGCUGCCCCACCUGCUGCUGCAAGGGGUGUUCUGGGACCCAGUGGUGGGCAAAGGAGUGGAAUGACAAAAUCUGCGCGUAAUGAAAGUUGAGAGCGAUUGGAGGUAAACCGUUUGCUGGGACUCUUGUGAAUGGUGUUGAUGAGGACUGGCCAGAGGCAUCUGCCCCCUUGAGGUGGGUGCUUGCAGGGCCUUGCGGUUCAUUGUCUGGAAAAGUUUUACCCUUCAGACGUCAAUCUCUCGACAUCCAGACCCCCCCGCUUCCAGAGCAGCCUUCAGAAGAUAGGAUCAUGAGCACUCACCUUUGAGGAUGGCCAGUCAGAGCUGUAGCCUGACAGGUUCGUGAAGUUCUGGGAGGUUUCCAUCUUUACCCCCAGAACAGUGUGAUCUGUUACCGCAUGAGCAGUGGGAGUUCUUAUCUUGUAUCUCUCCUGUGUCCCUUCUCUCUGAGUCCUGUUUCUGUACAGUGGAAGUGACCAGAGGCUUACAGGGUCAGAGUCAGCCUGUCAUUGAUUCUCUGCUGGGCAAAACAAAACAUUUCCAAAUUACUUGCUAACAAAAAUGCUGCUUAUUAAAUAUCUGAACCUGCCACAGGUGUCUCAUGACGUGGGCUUUGGGGAGAGCAGAGCCGAGCCGCUGAUGCCUCUGGUAUUUAGGCUUUCAACUUGUGUGAAAAUAGCUUGUUUAUUGGGGAGGGGAGUGGGGAGGAAGGGGGAGAAAAAUUUUAAACUCAAAAGCAUAUGGAAGUGAUU